AUGGUUUCUCGAAAACGGGUAAAAAACUUUCAACUAGGAAUUACUCGUCCUAUAUGUAAAAAAAAGACAUUAAAAAAUAUUGAAAAAUCAUUGAGGAAAAUAAGUGAAAGUCAAGAAAGGAUCAACCAAUUAAUAUCAUUACUGCCUUUACAAUGUGUCAUACAAUGUAUGUGGCCAAUAAGAAUCCUGGGAAUUUCAUCUAAAAUUGUUCAAUGUGCAUUAUCAAUGAUUCCUUUUAUCAAAAAUUACUUUACUUAA